ACAAAGAAGAAGAAACGGAAGUACUUCCACUGUGCGUGAAAUUAAGUGUAAAGAGGUUGCAAACAAACUCACGAUGUUUUCUUUGUACAUUCUGUGUAGAUUACGACCACGAAUUGUUUCUCAGUCGUUCAGUAACAUUCACCUUACAGCCGCAGGACAUGGUGCGCCGUUAACCGUGUCUUCUUUCAGAGGAGGAAGCGGGAACAAACUACGUGCCGUCAGAAGGUCGUUUUCCAACCAAAACAACAAGAUACAGUCCAACUGUCCAUCAACCUGUUGUUUCUCCACGGCUACCCAAUCUGAGGAUGAGAACCUCAUUUACACUGGCAGCCUAGGCAGUGCUGUUCGAGGGGUAAAGAUGUUCUCUUACAGCACCAGCGGGGCCAGCAUUUUCCUCAUGCCCCACAUCCUCCUGAAAACCGGACUAGGAGUCCAGAGCUUUGCUAUGCAGGCUGUUUUCUGUGGUUUCAUCGGCUUCUUUACCUUCCUCACCCCUGUCCUCCUACACGUCAUCACCAAGGGCUACGUGAUCCGCAUGUACCACAACCCAGACAGAGACACCUACACUGCCAUCACCUACAAUGUUUUCCUCACUGAGAAAAAGAGCGUCUUCCACCAGAGGCAGGUCAGGAUCCCAGCCGUCAGCAAGAUGUUCACCACCUUCUACGCUGACAACAUGGGGUUGCUGGUAAACCCAGACCUGUUCCCCAUUCCACAUGACUAUAACCACCUAAUGGGCUAUGAUAAACCCUUCAUCUUCGACACAGACAACAUCAACAGACCUGAUAAGAGUUGAAAGACUGACUGCAAUCAGGUUGAAUGUGGUGUUAGUGUAGGAAUUAUUUCCACAACUCCAAACCGCACAGUAUAUAUGCUGUUUGUACCUAAGUGGAACAUCCACAGACUUGGCAACUAAAAUCAUUUGUCCAUUACAUUUUCAGAUGUUUUUUGGUCGAUAUUUUGAUGUAUGGUUCAUGUUAAUAAAUUAUAUCUUAAUUAUCAUGA